CUAGAACUGUUUACCCGGUGGUUAAUUUAUACCAUCAUUUUUUGCGCCACCCGUGGGACCAUAAGGUUUCUUUUUUCAUCCCAAAGGAACCUACUCACGAAAAAACCACUUUCUCAUAAUGUCUUCAAGCCAGUUGAACAACAAAACUUCUGCCUCGGUGCAAGCCACCGCUGAAGGAAUAACCAUGCCGAUGGUUACUUCCCAACCAGCUCACUCUGCUACCGUGAUGCUGAUGGGUUUAAGCCCCAUCUCGGCACCAACCAUCAGUGAUCCAUUCACAAUCCACAUCCCAUCUGCCGGGCCAAGGGUCACGUUUCCCCCAAGCAUGACCCAAUUCAUGAAUGACUUGGCAAAUUUGCAAGCAAUCCAAGGAUUCGCCCAGGUCAUGGCCAUGUGUCAACAGCAUGGAGGGAUGUCACUCCUCCCAGGAAUGUUUCCAUUCACUCUCCCAGGCGCCGGAAGGUUACCGCUUCAGGCCCCGAAGGUAGUGUCUCCCUUCAAGACACUGGUGCCCCAGCCAUCGCCUUUUCAGUCACAGGUGGUCAGCGCCAUGGCCCCUGUCAAUUUGACCAGUGCACUGAAUGUGGCCGGGCUGUCACGCCCUCCCCAAAGUGCACGCCACCCGCAGAGCAUCCAUGAGGGUCAUUGCAUCUCAAUUGAGAGUGAUGACGGAGAGUGCGACAUCCCCAGAGCCCACAAGAAGAAGAAGGGCAAGACCCUAAACCUGGAAACCUCCCGAGACUCUGCCUUUGAUAGACUUAAAGAGAGGGAGGAAUGCUAGCGUAAAUCUGCAAAGCUAAGGAAUUAUAAAAAUGAUUAUAAAAGGCAUACUUGAUAUAGUAGCACUUUGUUAAGAGAUUAUACGGAGUGCUCAUUAUAUCCAUAGAUAGGCUUUUAUGUUAUACUACCUCCGUUCCAGAGUAUUUGCCCACUUUCAUUUUUACACACCAUCCAAUACACUUCUUUAAUCCAUUUUAUCUUGUAAUUUGUAUAUUAAAAAAUUAUAGAAAUUAUAUAUUAAUAAUCUAUAUGUUAAGACAAAUCAAACAAGAUCACACAUGACUAUAUUU